AUGGCGGAAUCGGGGGAAGACGAAGAUUACUUUGUCCCGCUCGAAGACCAACGCGUCUUCGGUGCGGGUAUCAAGCGCAAGCGCAUCGCCUUCGUCCCCGCCUCUUCCACCGAGUCCUCGCUUCCCGCCACCAGCGGCUCCGGUUCUGGAAGCAAGCAGAGCAUAGCAGACCGAUACCUACAUAUUGUCCUUUCUAAGGCCGCGACCACGCCGAGCACUCCAGAAGGGACCGUCCCAGACUCCGAUCCCAGCCCCAGCCUCUGUACCGUCUGCCACCGUCCCUUGUCACCCACACACGAAACCACCAUCGCGCACCAGCUCUGCCUCGAGCACUCGCACCCUCCGUCCCAUCUCGACCGUUCGCGCCCGGGGCUCCGCUACCUCAACGCCUACGGCUGGGACCCGGAUAGCCGCGUUGGACUGGGCGCGCGCUCCGAGGGCGUGCGAUUUCCUCUGAAGCCUGUACCUAAACAUGACACGGUCGGCCUGCGAGAGAGGGAGGACGAGGAUGCCGCUGUGCGCGUCAAACCAAAAAAGGUGGCUUUGAACACCAGCGUGAUGCGGCAGGGCAAGGUCUUGAGGCUGGAUGCCAAGGAGGUGCGGAAGCGUGACGAUGAAGCGAGGAAGAGGGCAGAUAAGCUUAGAAAGUCAUUCUAUGGCAGCGAGGAAGUGGAGCGGUAUCUCGGAAGCGGCGGGUGA